CGGAGCCGGAGCCGGAGCCAUGGGCGGCGGGGGAGGGAGGGAGUGACGCGCCCGCCCCGCGGCUCCCCGGCCGCAGCCAGACAUGAGGAGACCCCGCGGCGGCGGCGGCUCCUGAGCCCCGGCAUGGCGGAGAGAUACGGCGGGGACGCGCUGGCCGGGCCCGGCGGCGGCGGCGGCCUCGGGCCGGUGGACGUGCCCAACGCCCGAUUAACAAAAUAUAUUCUGUUACUGUGUUUCACUAAAGUUUUGAAAGCCGUGGGACUUUUCGAAUCCUACGAUCUCCUCAAAGUUGUUCACAUUGUUCAGUUCAUUUUUAUAUUAAAACUUGGGACUGCAUUUUUUAUGGUUUUGUUUCAAAAACCAUUUUCUUCUGGAAAAACUGUUAAUAAACACCAGUGGAUCAAAAUAUUUAAACAUGCUGUUGCUGGCUGUAUCAUUUCACUCUUGUGGUUUUUUGGCCUUACUCUCUGUGGACCACUAAGGACGUUGCUGCUAUUUGAGCACAGUGAUGUCAUCGUCAUCUCCCUGCUCAGUGUCUUGUUCACUAAUUCUGGAGGAGGACCCGCAAAGACAAGAGGGGCUGCUUUUUUCAUUAUUGCUGUGAUCUGUUUAUUACUUUUUGACAAUGAUGAUCUCAUGGCUAAAAUGGCUGAACAUCCUGAAGGACAUCAUGACAGUGCUCUAACUCACAUGCUGUACACAGCUAUUGCCUUCUUAGGGGUGGCAGAUCAUAAGGGUGGAGUACUGUUGCUAGUACUGGCUUUAUGUUUUAAAGUUGGUUUUCAUACAGCUUCCAAAAAGCUCUCUAUAGAUAUGGGUGGACCCAGACGUCUUCAAGCCUUAUCCCAGCUUGUUUCUGUGCUUCUCUUAUGCCCAUGGGUCAUUGUUCUUUCUGUGACAACGGAGAGUAAAGUUGAGUCUUGGUUUUCUCUCAUUAUGCCUUUUACAAUGGUUAUCUUUUUUGUCAUGAUGCUGGACAUCUAUGUGGAUUCCAUUUGCUUGGUCAAAAUAGAAGCUCCCAAAUACGCCUGCUAUAGCUCCCUUCCCAUUAUUAUUAGUGCUCUCCUUUUGGGGAAUUUUUGGACACAUCCAAUAACAGACCCGCUUGGGGCGGUGAGCAGGGCAGCCGGUGAGGCGAGCACUGAGCACGUCCUGUCUGGAGGAGUGGUUGUGAGCGCUGUGUUCUUCAUUUUGGCUGCCAACAUCUUACCAUCGCCCUCUAAGAGAGGACAGAAAGGUACCCUUAUUGGAUAUUCUCCUGAAGGAACACCUCUUUAUAACUUCAUGGGUGAUGCUUUUCAGCAUAGCUCUCAGUCCAUCCCUCGAUUUAUUAAGGAAUCACUGAAACAAAUUCUUGAGGAGAGUGACUCUAGGCAGAUCUUUUAUUUCCUGUGCUUGAAUCUGCUUUUUACCUUUGUGGAAUUAUUCUAUGGCGUGUUGACCAAUAGUCUGGGUCUGAUCUCAGAUGGAUUUCACAUGCUCUUCGACUGCUCUGCUUUGGUUAUGGGACUUUUUGCUGCUUUAAUGAGUCGAUGGAAAGCAACUCGGAUUUUCUCUUAUGGGUACGGUCGAAUAGAAAUUCUCUCUGGAUUUAUUAAUGGACUUUUCCUAAUAGUAAUAGCUUUUUUUGUCUUUAUGGAAUCAGUGGCUAGAUUAAUCGAUCCUCCUGAAUUAGACACAAACAUGUUAACACCAGUCUCGGUUGGAGGACUGAUAGUAAACCUGAUUGGUAUCUGUGCCUUUAGUCACGCCCACGGCCAUAGCCACGGAGCUUCCCAAGGAAGCUGUCACUCUGAGCACAGCCACGCUGACCAUGGCCAUGGCCACGGCCACGGCCACGGGCUCUCCGGGGGAGGCAUGAAUGCCAACAUGAGGGGUGUAUUUCUACAUGUUUUGGCUGACACUCUUGGAAGUAUUGGUGUGAUAGUAUCCACAAUUCUCAUAGAGCAGUUUGGAUGGUUCAUUGCCGAUCCCCUCUGUUCUCUUUUUAUUGCUGUAUUGAUAUUCCUUAGUGUUAUCCCACUGAUUAAGGAUGCCUGCCAAGUUCUACUUCUGAGACUACCACCAGAACAUGAAAAAGAACUACAUACAGCUUUAGAAAAGAUACAGAAAAUUGAAGGAUUAAUAUCUUACCGAGACCCUCAUUUUUGGCGCCAUUCAGCCAGUAUUGUGGCAGGAACAAUUCAUAUACAGGUGACAUCUGAUGUGCUAGAACAAAGAAUCGUACAGCAGGUUACAGGAAUACUUAAAGAUGCUGGAAUAAACAAUUUAACGGUUCAAGUGGAAAAAGAAGCAUACUUCCAACAUAUGUCUGGCCUAAGUACUGGAUUUCACGACAUUCUGGCUAUGACAAAGCAAAUGGAGUCCAUGAACUACUGCAAGGAUGAUACUUACAUCAUGUGAGAUGAGAUAGCUCAGGAGUUGCUCCUAGGCUGCGAACAAUGGAAAUCCAGUGACUUAGUGUUGACUGUUGUCAAAAGGAUGAAAAUGGCAGAUAAUAGUCCACAAACUUUUAAAACUCUCUACUGGUAGAUCAAGGAGUCUUUCUAAAAAUUUAGACACACAAUGAAGCAUUAAUUGUACAAGAAAAAAAUCACUAUUCAAAAUUAUGUGUAUGAAAGAAAUUUUAAAUGUGCGUGCGCACCAUCUUCUUAGAUGGGCACGUAAUGAUGGAUCUGGGGAAGACCAAAACUUCCCCUGAGCAUUUUCUUGGUAUUGGAAAGCAUCUCCACUAUAAAUGUGUAUUUACAUGUAUAUUACAAAGACUAAAUGAAAAGUUUUUAAGCCAUUUUUUGCAUAAUCCAAGGAUAAAAUAGGAAUAAAAGCUCUAUAUUUAUGGAUUUUUCUGUAUAUAAAACUGAUUUCUAAUUAUAACGUAAAUCCAUUAAGUAAAAUCUCUAUUGCCACUUUAAAUGUAAACUAAAUUAUUUAGGAGAAACUUAAAACUACCAAUUUGAAAGAAAGGAUAGAGAAUCCUAAUAUAACAGUUUUUGGUGUAUUACAAGACCAACCACUCUGUUAAAUAAAUUUUUUUACUUUUG